AUGAUCUGUCCAAGUGCAAGUGUCCGCAUCUGUUUAAGACGCUAGUGCUCGACAUCAAACAACGCAUACAAUGGACAGAUUUCCCUACACAAUGUUCGAGUCUGAAGACUCCGACAUUGAGGAGGGUCCAGAUGUGAUCCGACACAAGACAAAAAUUAUUUACCAAAAUACCUUUCCAUACAUUCACAUGGAACCGCCAGAUGCUUUGUACGAGCGGUGGAUUAAGAUCAAGCCAGAGGUGAAAAAGGCUGUUGGACACAUGUUGCACAUAUCUGUGUUCUGGUGGCACAUUCUGUUCCGGCAGCAGGAGAAUCACACGACCACUGCCUGGGCCGUGGACACGGGCUUCCUGGACUCUAAUGUUUCAAAUGAUUUGAGUUUGAAAAGGCUCCACAGAAUUGAAAUCCUCGAGCUCAUCCUUAACACUAUGGAAAAAUGUUUGGCAGACAGAGAUCCUGAGAGGAGGGCAAAGGAUUUGGUGUCAAUAAGCACCUCCUUUAAAAUGCAGGAAGAUUGUCUUGCUCAUGCAGUGAGUUACCUUGAAGAGUCUGGGCCUCCAGGCCUGAGCAGAAAACUCCUGGACCUAGGUCGUAAGGAGUUACGCUACCAGAUCCUGCGGUUCAUCUUCACUGAGUAUGCCCGGUAUGUUCAGGUGAUGUCAUGCAGUAAAACGAACAUGAUCAGGGAGCUGACCGUAGAUCCGGAGCUAUGGUGUUUACAGAAAAGUGAGGAAAUGAAGAACAAAGGCAAUGAACAGUUCCAGAAGAAAAAAUAUGAUCUGGCUGUGAAGUGGUAUACAAAGGCAAUUAAACACCAUACCAGCAACCACUUCCUGUAUGGGAACAGAGCUCUUGCCUUCAUUCGAUGUGAAAAAUAUUUGAAAGCAAUGGGUGAUGGUAAGCGAGCUAUUAUACUGCAGCAAGACUGGGCCAAGGGCCACUAUCGCUUCUGUGAUGCUUUGUUCUUUCUGGGAGCCAAAGAAAAAGCAGUGGAGGCCAAUCUUGCUGCUCAGAGUAUUUGUAGCGCUGAUCCAGAGGGAAUGAGAGACCUUCAGCAGCAGUACCACCGCUUUAUGGCAGAAGUUUUUGAAUGCAAACCUGAAGGAAAACCUAAGAAAACUGAGACCAAAAAAGGAUCCAGUAAAAGACCCGAGGGAGCGUGUGGAAUGGAUACUUUGUCACAACAUAUUAAUCCGCAUAAAGUCCUAGAGGAAGCUCCUCGCACCUGUACUUUAGAGAAUAAGGAAUCGGAAGACAGGCAGGAGGAACGGGAGUCAGCAGAGAAACUCAGGACUGGACAAGAGCCAGAGGACAACUUUAAAAGCCUCAAAGACAUGAAAAGUGAGAUGGCAGCACGCAGGACUAAGAAAGCAGCACUGUGUGUUCCAGAAAAACAGUCUGUCAAGAAUAAACACCCACCUGCACAGGAAAAGCCUCGGAGUGGCAGUACUGGCAGUGCUGAUGGCUGCAGCAGCAGUGGACCGAGCAGUAAGGAGCAGUUCUGUGCUGCAGUACUGGAUGCCCACACAGCACUCUAUGACCAACGCUGUCGCAACGCCCAGCAAGCCUUCUCUUUGGCCCUCAGCAUCCUGGACUCUACCGGCACCAAGGCUCUAGGCAUAUCUGAACUGGACAGAGCUUUGCUGAUCUAUGGUUAUGCUACAGCGAUGAUAGAGAUUGGCCAGCCCGAGGAAUUGGGAGAAGCCCAGAGGCAGUUUGAAAAAUUAAGUUUUUCAGAGGAUAGAAAAUUUCAGUCUUUGGUUCUCUAUGGAAUGGGAAAGGUGUUUCUGAAGGAGAACAGAUUUUCCAAAGCACUAGAAAAAUUUUCAAAUGCCCUGUUAAUGGUGCAGAGGCAGAUCACAUGUGGAAAGCUCACCUGGCCCACCACUAAAGUAACCGUUGAAGAGACGCGUCCUGAAUAUUUAAAGAAGCUGUUGGAGAGCUCUGUUGAAAUGUGCAAAUUUCCGCCUAAACCAGAUGCAAUUUGCCGACAUCAAUAUUGCCUGGGUCACACUGUUCAGAUCUAUUUCACAGACCCAGACUUUAAGGGCUUCAUUCGAAUGUCAUGCUGUCAAAGGUGCAAGGUGGAGUUUCAUAUCAGCUGCUGGAAAAAAUUCAAAACUUCUGAAUUCUCUGAUAAGAAUGAUAAGGAUUUUCUUCAGGAUUCAUGUUUUACUCCAGACUGUAUGGGUAGAAUCUGUCACAUUGUAAUUUUUGGUUCAACUGGACUUAUUAAAUGUGAAUUUGAAGCACAUAUUCUUAAAAGCAAAGCACCUGGAAAAUUGAGAGUGAGGCAACCGUAUACAAGUCUUAAAAAGUCUAAAGAGGAUGGUCUAAAGCUGAGGCGGAAACAGCAGAGGGCCCCUGCAACUUUGAAUGAAGAUGAAACCAUUACAAUAGAAGAGGAAGCAAACAAUAAAGAAGCAGCUAAAGAAUCACCCAAGGAUUACACUGUACAUGGCGACCGUGUUUUACAUCAAAUUUAUGAAAGUAGAGAACUUUUUAAAGAUGAACUGCACAGUAUUUCUAGCAUGCUGGUGUGUCUGAGGCCAUGGAUGGAGCUGGAUGAAGGCAAGAGUCACGCGAGCGUGCUGAAGGGCCGGUCAGAGCCGCAGGCUCUGUGGGAGCUAGUGGACGUCCUGCUGGAGAGACGGAACCGUGUCUGGGCCCGAGUCUUCAUUCAGAUCCUCAGCGGCUGCCAAAACAUCAAACCCAAACUUCACGACUGGGCUCAGCAGCUUGACAGCGUUGGUCUGAAAGCUGCAGAAAGUUUCAUCGGUCACUGUGGUGAUCAGCUGGAGGAGUUGGAUCUGUCUUCUCUGCUGGCAUUCCCCCCACUGCAGGAUGUCCUGAUUGAGAAGUUUGGCACAAUGCCAGAGCUAUUUGAUAACACAGGCUUCACCAUAAUCGAGUACCUAAAGCAGGCCCCUCCGCAAGAAAUGCGUCUUUUCAUUUGGACCCUAGAGGAGAACCGAGAGCGAUAUCCUACAUGCUUCACUAUCCUUGAUGAAUACUUUGAAAUGGAUGCAAUAUGUUUAGUGAUUAAGAAGACAGGGAUUGACAACGUAAGUUCGCUUAAUAAGGCUAAAAGCAAAAAUCGGAAAAAAAAGCAAAAAGAACCAAAGUCAGUUAUUUUUAUGUCGGGGAUGAGAAGUGAUUUCGUAAGGGAUGAAGAGGAUGAGGAUAUUUUCGCUGAAGAGGAUUCAUUUAUGCUACUUGAUGGAAAUGAUCCUUUUAGUGUACCAGAUCACUUGAGGGAUCAGGUGGCAGAGUUUGAAGGACAGUAUGUCAGCUCAGGACACUUAAACUACUAUAAGAAGUUUUUGGACAACAACCCAGACCCAACUAAAGAGAGUUUAUAUGAUUACUUUGAGCAGAUUCUGGAGGAGCAUGGCCCUCUAGAGACCUCAGACCCCCUGCUGGUGGGCGAGCUAGAGAACUUCCCUGCCGAGGCUCAGCAGAAAAUCUCAGCUGCUGGCGGACUGGAACCAUUCCUCUGCGAGUCGCUGCGAUUCUACAUGAUGGAUAACCUCAUUGGACUAAUGGGACACGCUGUGUCCCUGCAGCACCCCAUUGCUGACGACACACCCAUGCUCUUUAACUCUUUCUCUGAUACUUACGACGAUUUGGAACCUAGAGUGCCCUCCCACCUAAAUCCUACAGCCAAAGAGUUCCUGCCCCAGUUUGAGCAUUUGAAUGUGAGUGACAGCAACAUGUCUUAUGACAAUGACAUUCUGGAUGAUGAGGACAUCCCAAUAUUGGCACACUCUGAUCCACAGAACUCUCCACCAGGACCUUCUGCUCUUUCUAAUCCUUGUGUCUUUGGUUCUCACAUUACGGCUAAUAUUGAUUAUGUGCAUGUAUCACAAGAUAUGGAUAUGGCUGAAACUGCUCAAACUGAGUUGCAAGAAGUAGAAUAUUCUGAACAGCUGCUCAUUAGCUCACCAAAAGACUUCAUCUUUAAUUCCACAUCACUCAGCCCAGAUAAUAAUAUUAAUCCCUACAGUGAGAGAGAGGCAAGGGAGCUCUAUUCAUCCAUUAUUUAUAAACAAGCUAAUGCUGCUCCUGAGAGUGUUGCAGUUUCUGUUCAGACUCUUGACGGUCCCAAAGAGUCCAGAGAGGAUGCUGCCGUUAACACAGAACCGUAUUUGUUGUUUGAGAAGAAUAAAGGAGAUAUGACCCAGAAAGAAAAAAACAAUGUAAAAUUUGAAAAACAAAUCCAGAAGAUGCUGCAAACAUAUGAAUAUCUUCAGACAAGACGAGAAGAGGAGGUUUCUGUACUAGAGGCUGAAGUGGAGGAUUACCAUCAGAAAGUAGAGAUAACCAACAAAGAGUUGAGCUUAUUUCAACAAAAGCUUGAGGAGGAGAUUCGGAAAGAUCAGCAGGAGAAGAGAGACAACCAAGAGGCACUUAAAGCCCUGAAGGUGGAGAACAAAGAGCUGCUAGAUUUGCAGGAGAGGCUGUCUAAGCAAAUCCAAGAUAAGAACAUGGAGUAUCAGGCAGAACUGGAUUGCUUCCUUGAAAUAAGUAACCAGUGUGAGGCGGAGAAGAUGAGUUUAGAGGAGGAGAUCAAGAGAUGCAGGGAUCGGUGUGCCAAAGCAGCCAACCGAUCCCAGUCAGCGCAGCUAUGCAUCCUGCAGAACAGGCGAGAAUGCGGGUUGCGUGGGUUGAGGAAGUGCUUAUCAGAUGGGAAAGCCAUUCUGCUGAACAUGACUGAGCUGUCGAGCAGGUACCCAUCAUCAGGCCUUCACUCCACCAUUGAGGCCUGGAAAGCGUGUGUGCAGGAGGCUGAGAAGAAGAUCGCCAGGACAGAGGCCCAGUAUGAAGAGCAGAUGGAGUUGGUGAGCACAGGCAACAGACUGGAGUCUCUCCCUCUCAUCUCGGUACCCAGCGCUCCUGCUCCUCCUCCUGUACCAGCUUUGCUUCCCUUGCCAUCCAAUCAGCACCUGGUUCCACAGCAGCUCUCCGUGCGUCAUGUGCUCCCACACUUGGCGUAUGCGGCACAGCAGCUCCCUGCCUGGCCCCAGUCGCACUCAGCAGUGACCGCACCACAGGCCCAGCCUGCGGAGAGGACACACUCGCCACCCGUCCCCAUCAACCAAAUGCCACUGCAGCCCCUUGAUGUGUUUGAGAAGAUUGUCAAUCGCCUCAGGUCCAUGUUCCCACACUACAGCAGGGCGGUCCUAGCCAAGUUCAUUCAGGAGGUUCGGUCUGCCAGCGUCAGUCGCUUCAACAUGCUGACAUACGAAGACAUGAUCAACAGAGUAGCACAGCUCAUUCUUGACCACCAGGAGGACGCAAGUGAGCAGAUGAGCACGAGGAACAGUGCGGCUCCCAGUCCCGCUCCCUCUCCCGAUUCCUGCAGGACCGCUGCCACUCCCCCGCCCACACACGUCUGGAAGAACGUGUCCAUUCAACAGCGCAACACCUCCAAAGCACUGAACAUGGAGGACCCCUGCAUUAUCUGCCACGAGGAGAUGGCCCCUGAGGACGUGUGCGUGCUGGAGUGCCGCCAUAGCUUCCACAGAGAGUGCAUAAGGUCCUGGCUGAAGGAGCAGAGCACAUGCCCCACCUGCAGAGAGCACGCCCUCCUACCUGAGGACUUCCCCAUGUUGCCUGGGCGACACCGCAGAGGACAUGCACCAGCUGCAUCCUUCUCUUAAAACACACACACACACACACACACACAUACAUAUAUACACACACAUACAUAUACAUACAUACAUACAUACUCACACUUUUGUACAUAAACAGUAUAUUCAUCCAUCAAAUUAAGUGCUUUUGGACCAAAUUAUUAAACCAUAUAUUCACACAUUACAUUAUUCAUUCAAAAUGAGCCUAACAUUUUUGUCUUAUAGUAUAACCAGUUAGAUUUUCAGAUCAUGUGUUCUGUUACUAUACUCUAUCAUUAAGGACCAACCAUUUGUUAGCUCAGCUGUUAGAGGAUUGUUUUAAUGGUUAUUCUUUGAUUUUGUUUGUUUUCCAGGCAUAUUUGUUGAGACAUCUGACUGUUCAGCUUGUAAUUUGUCUCUUUAAAUCUUAUUUUAAAUAGUUUGUUUCAUGCACACAAACUGCAUGAAUGGAUGGUUGGUGAAUAGGCCUUGAACAUUUUAGACAAUGAAUGUAAUCCAAUGUAUGCUUCUGUGUCAAUCUGUAGUUUGUAUUAUUUGGCUACAUGUGUAUUAAACAUGUAUAAAUUGGA